UCCUCCGUCAAUGAAAAUGGCUCUUUUAUCGGAGCAGCACCGAUCUCUUCUCCCCGUCCUCGUCCUCCUCUGUGUUCCUCUUUCGUGUCUCUGCCAGUCAACCAACAGCAGCUCAGCUAACGCCACAGCCAACACGCUGACCACUGCUGCUCCGUCCUCAAAUGCAACGACUCCAAAGCGUGUGCCGGGCUGCAGGACUGGUCUGAACCCCAUCUACAGGUACCUGUGUGACCGCCGGGCAGCAUGGGGAAUCGUUCUGGAGACGCUGGCCUCUGCAGGGUUCCUGUUCAGCGUGGCUCUCCUCUUCGGCCUGCUGAUCUGGUCCUUCUGGAUCUGCAUUUCAUCGAGGCAACAGCGCAGCAGUAUCGGAGGCACGGUGAUGUGCAUGUCCAUGUUUUUGUUGGCCACUGCCGGGAUCUUCGCACUCACUUUCUCCUUCAUCGUCCGCCUCACCCCUCAGACUUGUCCCACCAGGCUCUUCCUCUUCGCCGUGCUCUUCUCGCUGGCUUUCUCCUGCCUGUUGGCUCGCUGUCUCGCUCUGCUGGGCUUCGCCGCAGCCCGUGGUUGGGGUGAGCCCGGCGUGGCCUUGGGGCUCUUCAUAGUCCAGGUGAUCAUCUGUACUGAGUAUCUGAUCCUGGUGUUGGUGCGGGACAAGAAGCCGUGCCAGUACAGCCAGGAAGAGUUCGUCAUGCUGCAGAUCUACGUGCUGUGCCUCCUGGGGGUCAGCCUCAUCCUCUCACUUCGCUUCCUGUGCCGCUCCUGCUUCACCUACAGCUACAGCUACUCAGGCCCCGCCCACCUGCAGUGGAGGUUGCAAGCUGCGCUCCUCUUCAUCACAUUGAUGCUCUCCACCUGUAUCUGGGUGGUCUGGAUCACCAUGCUCACCUGGGGGAACCCUGAAGUGAACCGUCGGCCUCAGUGGGAUGAUCCGGUGCUCUCUAUUGCUCUGGUGGUGAACGGCUGGGUGUUACUGAUGGGGCACGGGUUGUCCCAGAUCGCCUUCCUCUGCAGGGGUGAAGCAAAGUCCAAAGAUGCCCCUUUGAGCUUCGCUGGAUGGACCAGCCCCAGCGCUGACAUCCCGGAACUGAACAGCCCGAAGGAAGGGAAAGAGAACGGGAGCUUUGAGAACGAUGGUGAGAACAGGAGAGGCCGCAGAGCCGAGCCUUCGCUGCGAUCGCCCUACGAGUCCGGAUUCUCCAUGACGGAGAUCGACCCUGAUAAAGACUACACCAUCCCCCGCCCUCAGACCACCAACUACCAGGAGCCUUAUGAUGAAUAUUACGGACAGGAUUAAAAUAUCACAGCACAGCUGGACUGAUUUAUAACAGAACUAAAGCUGAGGGGGGCCCAGCUCAUGCACUAAUCUGUUAAAUAUGCAGUUUUUAAGUGUAACAUUUUCAUGCAAAUGUGUAAAAAUGCCUUAAUUGUUUUUAAAAUGUCACUUGCUGUUGCUGGAUUUCCAAAUCUUCUGUCCUAAAAAGAGGAAAGAAUAAAAAACCCUGACUAUGACUCAUCAUCUCUGCAGCCCCAUGGCUUCAGAGUGUCCGGCUUUCUCCAGGCGGGAAAUCCACACAACAAAAGCAGAGUGGAAGUGUUUUUCUCCAGCGGUGUGUGUGCGUGUGUGUCUGUGACGGUGUAUAAUCAUCCUGAGGUGAAAGAAGAGGCGUGAAGCUGCUGCUCUGAAGGUGCUGAGCAGCGCUGAGGACGAAGAAGAGGAGGAGACGAGAUGAGGCACGACAGGAGGAGGGCAGGAGACCUGUCAGCACUUUGGAGACUCGUGUCAUCCUUGGUUAUCAUCUUCAUUUUCAGAGUUACAGUACACAAACUGAGCGAGCUCCUGCAGGAGAAUAAGAGGAGAG